CUGCCAGGACAUUGACCCAGAGCAACUCCAGGAGAGCGCCAACCAGAUCCUGACGGCCAUCAUCCAGGGCAUGCGCAAAGAGGAGCCCAGCAACAACGUCAAGCUCGCCGCCACCAACGCCCUGCUCAACUCGCUCGAGUUCACCAAAGCCAACUUCGAUAAAGAGACGGAGAGACAUUUUAUAAUGCAGGUCGUCUGUGAAGCAACACAGUGCCCUGACACCAGAGUACGGGUGGCUGCCUUACAGAACCUGGUGAAAAUCAUGUCCCUAUACUAUCAGUAUAUGGAGACGUACAUGGGUCCUGCUCUGUUCGCGAUCACAAUAGAAGCCAUGAAAAGUGACAUUGAUGAAGUUGCCUUACAAGGAAUUGAGUUCUGGUCCAACGUGUGUGACGAGGAGAUGGACUUGGCCAUUGAAGCUACGGAGGCGUCGGAGCAGGGCCGUCCUCCGGAGCACACGAGCAAGUUCUACGCCAAAGGGGCCUUGCAGUACCUGGUGCCCAUUCUCACUCAGACGCUCACCAAGCAGGACGAGAAUGACGACGACGACGACUGGAACCCGUGCAAGGCGGCGGGCGUGUGCCUGAUGCUGCUGGCCACGUGCUGCGAGGACGACGUGGUGCCACACGUGCUGCCCUUCAUCAAGGAGCACAUCAAGCACCCCGACUGGCGCGACCGCGACGCCUCCGUCAUGGCUUUCGGCUCCAUCCUCGAGGGCCCCGAACUCAACCAGCUCAAGCCCCUCGUCAUCCAGGCCAUGCCCACGCUGAUCGAGCUGAUGAAGGACCCCAGUGUGGUGGUGAGGGACACCACGGCCUGGACGGUGGGGCGCAUCUGCGAGUUGCUCCCCGAGGCGGCCAUCAACGAGGUGUACCUGGCGCCGCUGCUGCAGUGCCUGAUCGAGGGCCUGGGCGCCGAGCCCCGCGUCGCCUCCAACGUCUGCUGGGCGUUCUCCAGCCUGGCAGAGGCGGCGUACGAGGCCACCGACGCGGCCGAGGAGCAGGAGGAGCCCGCAACCUACUGUCUGUCCUCCUCCUUUGAGCUCAUUGUGCAGAAGCUUCUGGAAACUACAGACAGACCGGAUGGGCACCAGAACAACCUGCGCAGCGCGGCCUAUGAGGCCCUGAUGGAGAUCGUGAAGAACAGCGCUAAGGACUGCUACCCCGCCGUGCAGAAGACCACACUGGUCAUCAUGGAGAGGCUGCAGCAGGUCCUGCAAAUGGAGUCUCACAUCCAGAGCACAUCCGACAGAAUCCAGUUCAAUGACCUUCAGUCGCUGCUCUGCGCAACUCUACAGAACGUGUUGAGGAAGGUACAGCACCAGGAUGCCCUUCAGAUCUCGGACGUGGUGAUGGCGUCUCUGCUACGGAUGUUCCAGAGCACCGCCGGGUCGGGAGGCGUCCAGGAGGACGCUCUAAUGGCCGUUAGCACGCUGGUGGAAGUUCUGGGCAGUGACUUUUUAAAAUACAUGGAUGCCUUCAAGCCUUUCCUGGGUAUCGGACUCAAGAACUAUCAAGAGUACCAGGUGUGUCUGGCUGCCGUGGGGCUGGUCUGCGACCUGUGCCGAGCCCUGAUGACCAACAUACUGCCUUACUGUGACGAGAUGAUGCAACUGCUGCUGGAGAACCUUGGGAAUGAGAAUGUGCACAGGUCGGUGAAGCCCCAGAUCCUCUCCGCGUUCGGCGACAUCGCUUUGGCCAUCGGCGGAGAGUUCAAGAAGUACCUGGACAUCGUGCUGGACACCCUCCAACAGGCCUCUCAGGCCCAAGUGGACAAGACGGACUAUGACAUGGUGGACUACCUGAACGAGUUAAGGGAAGGCUGUCUGGAGGCCUACACGGGCAUUAUCCAGGGCCUGAAGGGAGACCAGGAGAAUGUGCACCCGGAUGUGAUGCUGGUCCAGCCCAGGGUGGAGUUCAUCCUCUCCUUCAUCCACCAUAUCGCAGAGGACGAGGACCACUCCGAUGGGGUGGUAGCCAACGCUGCCGGACUCAUAGGAGACCUGUGCACGGCCUUCGGCAAGGACGUGAUGAAGCUGGUUGAGCUGCGGCCCCAGAUCAACGACCUGCUGACUGAGGGCCGGCGCUCCAAGACCAGCAAGACCAAGACCCUCGCCACCUGGGCCACCAAAGAGCUACGCAAGCUCAAGAGCCAGGCCUGAUUAGAUGCUGGUUGGGGAAGUUGAAGAAAAAUUCCUAAAAUGAUAAAU